AUCCACGACAGAGGGACGCCUGUGCAAACUGAUCAAGCCUUCUUGUCCUUUACUGUAGGCAGUGAUAUGGUGGAGGCAGAAAGGAGAGGAAUAAAGAUUGUCACGACGCCCUAUAAGGUCCUCUUCACCAAGACGCCAAAGUACUUCAAGCCAGGAAUGCCCUUUGACGUGAUGGUUCUGAUAACAAAUCCUGAUGGAUCUCCUGCUAGAAGCGUGGAGGUGGAAGGGAACCCCGGCAAAGUUACUGCCAGAACAAAUAGUGAAGGAACUGCAAAGAUGACCAUCAAUACAGUCCGGGAUGGAAGGAAUCUCGGCAUCACCGUAAGAACAAAAAGCCCAAUGAUUACUGAGCCUCGCCAAGCGGAGGGAAGAAUGGAGGCCUUGCCGUACCAAACGCUGUCAAAUUCUAACAACUACCUGCAUAUCGGCAUCCAGGCUGCAGAACUCCUGCCAGGAGAAAAUCUACAGAUCAACCUGAACAUCCAAAGCAAAGACAUACAAACUCAGGACACGAUUAAAUACUUUUCAUAUCUGAUUAUAAACAAAGGAAACCUUCUGAAAGCGGGCAGGCAGGAGAGACUGAAAGGACAGUCCCUUGUUACGAUGUCCCUGCUCGUUACCCGCGAGAUGAUCCCCUCUUUCCGCAUUGUGGCUUAUUAUUACGUGACAGCUGGCGGUCAAAGAGAAAUCGUGGCCGACUCAGUCUGGGUGGACGUGAAGGAUUCCUGCAUGGGCACGCUUCAAAUAAUUCCAGAGCGAGGUGGACAAACGUACAGCCCUCGCAAACCCUUCAGCUUCAAAAUUAAAGGAGACCCCGGUGCCAAGGUGGGGCUGGUGGCUGUGGACAAGGCCGUGUUUGUUUUAAACAACAAGAACAAGCUGACGCAGACAAAGAUCUGGGAUCACAUUGAGAAAAAUGACAUUGGCUGCACCCCGGGAAGUGGAGAAAACAACAUGGGGGUCUUCAAAGACGCCGGCCUGAUCUUCCAGUCAAACAUUAACGCUGAAACAAAAUCUCGGACCGAUCCCCACUGCCCUGUGCCUCCCAAAAGAAGACGGCGCUCGCUGGUUUUGGUUACAGAGAAGACAAGUUUGGCCGGCAAGUAUCCUGACGGCUUCCUGAAGAAGUGCUGUAUGGACGGCAUGAAUGAGAUUGUCAUGGAUUUCAACUGCAAGCAGAGAUCCGAGUACAUAGCGGCGGGCAAGGAGUGCGUUGAGGCCUUCCUCCACUGCUGCAUAGAGAUCACCAAAAAGAAAGGGCUGCUGGCCAGGCAGCAGGAGCAGAUCUUGGCUCGCAGUGAAGAAGACGACCGUUUCUUGAAUGACGAUGAAAUUGUUUCCAGAACUGAGUUCCCUGAAAGUUGGUUGUGGCAGAUUGAAUCACUACCAGAUGGCGCUGGAGACAGAGACGGUUUGGUCACAAAAGAUGUGAGAAGCUUCCUGAAAGACUCCAUCACAACAUGGGAGGUCUUGGCCAUCAGCUUAUCUGCAAAGAAGGGUAUCUGUGUGGCAGAUCCUUAUGAGAUCACCGUGAAGAAGGAUUUCUUUAUCGACCUGCGGCUGCCAUACUCGGUGGUCCGAAAUGAGCAGGUGGAGAUCAAGGCCGUGCUCUACAACUACUAUGACGACGACAUUGAGGUCCGUGUGGAGUGGAUGCCCAAUAGCCAACUGUGCAGCAUGGCAAACAAAAAGAAAUACUCCGAGAUUGUGAAAAUUAACAGGCUGUCAUCACGAGCGGUGCCAUUCAUCAUUAUUCCUAUGAAGCUGGGAAAGAUUGAUAUUGAAGUGAAGGCAUCUGGGAAAGCCUUUGGGGAUUUCGUGGCUGAUGGUGUGAAGAAACAGCUGCGCGUGGUGCCAGAUGGAAUGCAGGUAAAGAAAAUGGUCAGGAAUAUUGUCUUGGAUCCCGUUAAAGCAGGUGGAGUACAAAAUGAGUUCAUUCCCAAAGUGGACGUACGCUCAAUAGUUCCCGACACAGAAGCUCAGACGUUCAUCUCUGUAACAGGUAACCUUCUGGCAGAAACCGUUGAGAGUGCCAUCGGUGGGAGCAAUUUGGCUAACCUGAUCCGAGUGCCGUAUGGCUGUGGAGAGCAGAAUAUGAUUACGAUGACACCACCUGUCAUUGCAACUCAUUAUCUGGACAAGACCAACCAGUGGGAGCAAGUGAGCUUACAACGACGAGCAGAGGCCAUCAAAUACAUCACUCAAGGUUACACGCAGGAGCUGGCAUUCCGGAAGCCUGACAACUCAUACGGUGCAUGGAUCACAAGUCCUUCGAGUACCUGGUUGACAGCCUAUGUGGCGAAGGUGUUCGCCAUGGCCUACUCUCUGAUAUCAAUCGACGACAAAGUGCUGUGUGGUGCCGUCAAGUGGCUCAUUCUUAACAAGCAGCAAACCGAUGGAAUCUUCAGGGAGGACGCGCCUGUGUAUCACGGAGAAAUGGUGGGAGGACUACGAAAUUCAGAAUCGGAUGCGACUCUCACAGCCUUCGUCCUCAUUGCUUUGGCCGAAUCCAAAGAGAUCUGCAGAAGUCAAGUCCAGAGCCUGGAGGACAGCAUUGAAAAGUCAGCAAGUUUCCUGGAUCGGCGUCUUCUGACCCUGCAAAAGCCCUACACGGUGGCCAUCACGUCCUAUGCAUUGGCCUUGUGUGGCCGGAAACACCAGGAUCCCGUUUUAAUGAAGUUUGCCUCGGCAGGUAAGCGUGUCACAGCCUAGUGACAUGUUUCUUAC